AACUAGUGCAAGUAUUUGAAAGACACGAGUAGCUUUGAAGUAGUUAGUUAGAGUUUUCAGUACUCAACCGUUUUGUACUGCGAUCGACCUUGACGAAUCGACAGCCGUGCCACACCUACAUUAGUGUGCUGUUAUCAUUACGUCAUUUCCUAGUGGAGCCACGAGUAUAUAAGCACACUUGAAUUGGAUAGUAGUCAGUCAAGAUAGCCAGCGAGAAUAAACGAGAUGAUGGAACAUCAGUGUAUCAGCUCAACGAGUUUGGUCUCUUUGCUGCUCGUAAUAGCAGUUACAUCAAGUGCAGAAACUUCAGAUAACAAUGGAUGUUGUGGUGGAGUUCCAGGCGUGCCUGGCUCUCCUGGAUCACCAGGUCCUUUGGGAUCUUCUGGAAGAGAUGGUAGAGAUGGAAGAGAUGGAACAAUUGGUGAGAAAGGUGGUCGUGGUGAAAGAGGAGAACAAGGAGGUAAAGGGGAGAGUGGAAAAUUAGGUCCUCGAGGACUAAAAGGAGACGAGGGCGUGAAAGGAAGCAAGGGCGACUUGGGAGUGAAGGGAGAAAAGGGAGAAGUGAUUCAGCAAUCAAACUGGAAGCAAUGUGUGUGGAAUAGAAGCGAUGGCAAAGACACUGGACUCAUUCAAGAAUGUCGCUUUAGUAAAAAGCAUGGGAAUACCGCACUGCAUGUGGCAUAUGCAGGAAAUCUGCGUAUCAAUUGUGCCAGUUGUUGUUCUCGUUGGUUUUUUACAUUUAACGAUCGAGAAUGCACAGGACCCAUGACAAUCGACGCAGUAUAUUAUACUCGUGCAAGUAACGACAUUCAUCGUCACAGACAAAUUGAAGGUUACUGUGAAAACAUUCCAGCUGGUGACGUCAGAGUUGGUUUCCACAUUGGCAAAUGUAAGGGUGAGACUUUGGCGGAUGGUUAUACUGGAUGGAACUCCGUUUCUCGAAUCAUGAUAGCAGAGAUGCCACCAGCUCAACAGUAACAUCAAAUUGUUGUCUUUAAGACUGUUUGAUGGAUUCGCAAGAAGUAAUUGUAAUGAGCUUUAGCUAAAUAGUGUUUAGUGCUAUUGCUUACUGAAGAUUUGGCUUGAAAUUUACCUCUAGACACUGGUAAUAUGAAUUAGGUAACUAUUAACAGUGUAGUGAAGUAUAACAUAAAUACACUACAAACUUGCAGCUCUA